UCAAGGUCCUCAUGAAAUGUUCAAGAAAGCACCCAUUGCCAUUUCCACCAUAUCAUUUCACGUGUAACACUCUCAAGAUGUUGGAAUUUUCCAUGCGCAAAAUGAGAUUGAGAAAGUAUAAGUAAAAGCAAAAUGCAAUACCCGUACGCAACGCUAGCUGGCUCGUAAGAAGAUGGUUUUUGAUCACACGGCAAGGCAAGAAAUGAGCUCCCGAAAAUGCAGCAUGGUAGUUGUAGGUUUUUCAGGAUGUUUUUCUUUUCUUCAUAACGUAGUGAUAGUUCCUUGAAGAUUUCAAUUCAUGCAACUGGUGCCACAGGGAAAAGAGACAACGCAAACCGCCGCUGGACAGCGGCUGGUUGGUAGUAGAAAAAAGGGUAGAUUUGAUUCGAAAAAGUUGCCUGUACCAGAAAAACAACAACAAGAUUAAGUAGGAGAAUGAAUAUACCAGCAAUACUUCUUGCGAACUACAACCACAAGUACUGAUUUAUUUUCACGUGAAAUAAAUAAAAAAAAUUCUCGAUCAAGAGGUACUUACUCAUCAUGUCCUCUCUGUGGUGGUUUCUACAAUCACUAGUAAAUGCGAGAAGUGGAUUAAAAUGGAUUUUCCAGUAGAAGGAAGUACUCGAACUCGACGCAGGAAGGUCCCCCUCCUCUCCGCCCCAUUUCUCUGGGGGAGCGCACAGCUUGCGGCGUACCUGGUCAUCUCCCAUGUCGUUACCUCAUCCAUCCCGGCGGCAUCGUACUCGCUGCCGGUGCGCGUCGGCGAUCUGGUUGCGGUCCGAGGGGUGCACGACGGCUCCCUGUUCGAGGUGAUUGAAAAACAGGGGAAGGAUUCCUGCACGGUGCAGUGCCUACACACGGACAAAGUGAACACGGAGAACUGCCGGCUGUUGGAACCCGUGCGCCCUCUGUGGCGGCCCGCGGACGCGCACUGCCUCCGGCUGGAGAAGCCGGCGCCGACAAACGCCUAUUUUGACCCGCCUCCCGCGGCGGAUCCGGAUUCUGCGAACGAGGACGGGAGAGGACCACCCGACCAUGGGGACGGUGCAGCGCACGUGGCACGGGUGGUGGCGGAGAGUGUCGCCCGGCCGCUGCAGGUCUGUCCGAGCAGCGCCACCAAGGACAGUAUGAGGACGGAUCGAGUGCUGAGCGCACUGGCCCGAGCGCACGCGGCCGACAAGGCUGAGGAGCAACGUAAAGCUGGAGGCGACGCGCCCGCGCCGGUCAGAAGUGGUGGUGGUGCUACUAUCAAGGUCGUGGAUACGCAGCUCUUUCGGACCAUGAACGCACUAUCCGCUGACAUGCAGCGCCGGCUGGGGAUUGCGACGAACGCCUUGAUGUCGUCGCAGAGGUCAGGUGGUAGCUACGCCGGAGUUCUGGGGCCGCUGGGUAUGGGACUGAACAAGCCGCGGGCCAAAAGCGAAGCCGAGAUAAUGAAUGCGUGGCUCGAUACGUAUCUAGUGGCCGCCGUGGAGGAAGUGAUGCAGCAGCAGGCCGCCGUUGAAGGAAGUGCGGUCGCUUCCGUGGCGGCGCUCAAGUGGGUCGAGUCUAGAGGGCGGGGAAGUGGAUCAUCGCUACAAAGUUCGCGGGAGGAACAUCAAGUGCAAGUGGACGCACUCGCACAGCUGGCGCGGACAUCCCACGGAGCAGGCUCCGCGGGGACAACGCCGGGAGUCUCUGCGUCGCCGACGGGGCGAGUCGCAGCUGCCUUCGGGGUGAUGCAAGCCCGCGCAGACAGGGAGCGGCGGACUACUGUCGACUUCCAGUCUAAUAGGUAUCUACGCGUCUUUUUUUUGCGUUAUUCGAUGAAUAUCUACCUGCUACAACCUUUGCCGUUCUGCCGGGUCCGAGAUUUAUUUCUGAUUUGACUUCCUCUGAUCAACCAUGUUGCAUUCGCCUUGGCAUAAACUACACUAAGUAAGCGCUGCGGUUGAACAUGCGAAAGAAGUAUUGACCAUGCAUAGAACCUUCAUCACUUUGAUCGCACUAAAACAGAUUUCACGAAACUCGCGCCCCUCUGCCAAACGAGGAAUUAUUUGCCGUCAAAAACUUGGAACGGCGGAAGGCGUGGGAAUAUGGACUUGAAGAUUAUAUCGAGCGCGGAAGUGCCGUAGCGGGACAUGACUCAGCCUUGACCGAACCACCACACGCUGCGAAAGUGCUAACGGUAUCUCCAAACUACGACGCAAACACUGGCGAGUUCAAGGGUGUCGGUCUCGCCUGGGUUCUUGCGAGAGAGAGUGGGCUACAACUACAACUGCCUGCCGCGGGCGGGGACGAUCCUCGUGGAAUUCUGUACAGGAACGCGCAAUUGUGGGCGUUAGCGGAGUCUUCAAACCCGGCGAAACUGCCCUACGCGGUUGUCGACGAGGAGGAGGUAUCAAAUGUAAAAAUGUCUGGGUCUGGAAGAUUGCCAGGUUUGUCAUGCACAUUUUGCAUGACUCCUGAUGUCUGUGAUGCAUGCCGUAGCAUCACAGAUUUUGUGAGGGCUUCCUGAUGCCUAUACCGCAUGACAAAUGCUCUUUCCGCGUAGCAAAACUUGGACUCUCUUUGCUGCUCAUGCGAUACAGAUUUUUUUAGAAUCCAAAAUCAGCAUGACAAGUUGGAUUCUUCCAGACCCAGACAUUUUUACAUUUGAUAGGAGGUGGCGCGGCAGUUUGGCGCGGGCGCGGUGUCCCACUUUUUCAACAACGACCUCCGGCAGAUGCGGGACCAGCGUCUCAGCUACGUCCAAACCGGGUACUGGAACCAGAAUCGGGGAAGCGCCUCGCUGUUCCCACUGCUGAUAGUGCUGAUCGUGCUGGCCAGUCUGGGCAUCCUGUUCCAGGUCUCGCUGCUCGUGCCCCUGGGAAAGGACCCGGAGGUGGAUCCCGCCUGGAUGCGGGAGGCCGCCUUGUGGGAGAUGUGGCGUGCGGAAAAUCCGGACGAGGAGUGCGAAAGCAUCGCGGACGUGAAAAAGCGUCUGGAGGAAUUCAGAUUCAAGCUCGAGAGCGAAAGCAAGGGAGUUGUACCAGACACGACGACCGCAUCUACUUCUUCACAUCUCGGAAACCCGUCGGAAGUGCAGCCGGUUGUUCCCAGUACGGCGCCGGUCGAAAAAAACCAGGUGGACGGGAACACCAGUCAGGAAAACCAGGAGGACUUCCCGGAGCUGCGGUCGGAGGAGGAUUUUCUGCAGCCGAAGCUGUCCAACUUGAAGCCGUCUUCCAAGCGACAGCACGCACUGACGGCGGAGGAGAGCGAGUUUCUGGGCAAGCAGGUGGCGGCGUUCCUGGAGGAUCAGGACGUCGAGGGGCGGUUCGAGCGCUCCAAUUCGGGGACGACGGACUCGGAGCUGGGCGGGCACAAGGGGCUGGCGAAACAAAACGCCGUGAAGAAUGCAACCGUCUGUGGGGACAAGGGGCAGGAGAUGCGCGAGGCCGCGCUGAAGGCCGCGAGAGGCCGCCACGCCGGCAUUUGGUGCGACCGCCGCAAGCGCCGGCCCUGGGCCAACCGGUGGGGCACCGGCGGUGGCUCGGAUCAUCAGCAGCCGGGAGUCGUCGUCCCGGGCUCCUCCCCGACGGGGUCGGCGACCGAAAACAGCAAUGGCGGGCUCCUGUCCGACUUCCACUCCGCGAACAAGAACCAGCAGGUAUCCUGAGUAAAAACGUACCCACGCCAGAGUCGGGAUGGGGAUUUUGCAACACAAACCUAGGAGUUUUGUGAGUCACGCAUGACAAGUUUCAGUCCGUAAGGUAGUGCAAGUUAGCAAGGAAAGCCGCAUCACAAAUCGAUCUGCUGAUCCUGUUUACAGCAUUACAAGUUCCCAAACACGAUUGAAAAUGCCUGUCAUGGGGUUGCGCAUCACAAAUGUUCCUGUCAUGGCAAAUCUGCAUGACAACUCUGGUGUGGGUACGUUUUUACUCAGGAUAACAGGUUACCAGCUACAAACCGGCCGGGCACGAGGUGCAGAUCGCCUACGACCGUAACUACCCGCCGGCGCUGGCCUACCCGCUGCCCGGGGACGACGACCUGUCUUGCUGGUCGGAUUUUGGCGAAGAGUCUCCCAAGCGGAACAAGGCCCCCCGGUCGUCGACCGAUAGCGACCAGCUGCAUUUCACCGGCAGGUAAGUAAUAUGCAUAUACAUUGGGCUGUUGUUCUAGUGUAUGACUUUUGAUGCUUUUCCACCAUCUUCAAGGGUCAUUGUCCUUUGGAACUUACUAGAUGAUUGACAUUCAUGAUCUUUCAUGUCAGUCAUUGUCCCAUGUUGGAGUAGUUGACGCUGCUCCUGUUGUUGGUUGUCACUGGUCUUUGUCUUUCUAGAGCAUUCAUUGCUUGAAAGUCCCUACAAUGCCAUUCGUUACUGCAUCAAAAAUAAGUCGUUGGGGAGGUGCACUUCGGGCACACUUAGUCGCAUCGAAAGAUGACGCGCCACGCUUUUGUCAUGUAGUUCAUGUGAACCUCAGUAAAAAAAAAAUCUAAACGAAUUCAUUGACAUGAUCUUCAGGUCUUCGAAUCAUGUGGAUUCCUGUGUGCCACUGUACUGCGGUUUUGGGGACCACGAAGACUCGCAGGAAAUAGGCACGUCCAGCGCCAGCAGUGUGAUGGCGGACUUUCAUCGCGCCGGAAACAACGGAAACCUUAGCUCAAGCAGCAGCAGCGCGAAAGACCUGUUCUGGUCGGACUAUCGGAACUCAAAACUACUGGUGAACAAGCGAGACGGCAUAUCCUGCGUAAAAACGAUCCCAGUUAUAUGUAGUGAGGUCACCGAACGGUUCUAACCGGGGAGUUUUUUUGCCAUGUCCCGUGAAAAACGACCGUCAGUUUUCAAGCGGUCGGAAGCGUUUUUUGACAUAAAAAAUUUUUAAUUAUCAAGCGGUCUGUGCUUUGCUGUCAAACAAGCCCGGUCGUAAACUAUCGAUUCGCACUUGAUAAAACGACGCAGGGGAGCCGGCAAAAGGGGCGCCCUUCUGAGGCGCCCGCCGCCUUAGUUUCUGGCGAUUUGGGGCGCCCAAAAAGGGGCGCGCAAAAAACGCGCCCAAAAUCAGAACAGCGAAACAGCAUGGCACGGCCGCGAUUUCGGAGCAUUUUGGACGGCCGCGAAAGCGGCCGCCUUUUCGCCGGUUUCAGAGCCUGGGAAGCUUUGCAAAAAGCGCCGGCGUGAAAAAUAAAAACGCGAAAAAGAAAAAGCGGCCCGCACGCGCAAAGCCAAUCCGCAUGCUAUGGGCCCGAUUUUUCUUCGCUUUUUGGGCGCCCCCCGUGGCACCCGGAUCGGCCCCAUAGCAUGGGGGCUGGCUUUCGGGAAGGAAUUUCGGGAAUUUGCCAAAAUUUGCGAUGUUUCCCAAGUGGCCGCCAUACCGUGCGGCAUAACGUUACUCGCGGUGGUAUGGUGAGCCCAUAAAAAGCAAAGCCGCGGCCAAGGCUGCGGUCGGCAAAAAAACGCCCACGACCUCACUACCCCCGCCCCGGCGGCUAUAUUUGGUACCCGAUUGUCAACAACUACACGGAUUUAUAUGCGCAAACAAACUCCCGGCGAGCUUUGCGGCUUGCUAACGCAUGAGGACACGACACGAGCUGGAUUUGUAGCAUAGUCGUGUCCUGCUCCUGUAGCUAAUCUGGCCGCAUAACUACACAUCCACGGCCUCAUCCUGAUAUUGGAGUUGUACAUUUGUACAAAGUUGCUGGUUCCAAACAACUACAACAUGUUGACUAGUACGAAUAGACUAAAGAGCCGCAACAGAAACAAGCAUGCGAGUAUGUUGCUGCUUAAGUUAGGGCAAAUGAGAUUAUACAUUAUACAUAUGAUAUACGUCAUGAAAAACCUUGGGCGGGGACGUUUUUGCUCAGGAUACGGCACACGCGGGUCCGGUUCUGACGAAUUGGAGCCUUUCCCUGAGGCGGACGAGGAGGACUUGGAAGAUUUCCCCGACCUCGACGAAAAUUCGGAGUGGGCGGACCCUGGGCAGGGCCCCGGGUACUCCGUCCGCGCGGUGGACCCGGCGGCGAUCCACAGCGAUCUGAUUUUCUCCGGCCGAGAGCUUCCCGAGGACUGGCACCCGCCUGCGGGUCCGCCGUCGGCCGCGUAUCAUGAUGUGGAACGGGAGGGACGAGGUGGUGCUCCUGCUCGUGGGAACAAGCUGAUGAGUGGGUCGUCCGACGAAAUAGACGAUGGCGAGCUGGAGGAUUUUCCAGAAAUGGAAGAUUGCCCCGACAACGAACUAAACUUGUUUGCUCCUCCUGCGAACGGUUCGAAUUUCGACGACCAGCCGGUGUCGUCGAGGAGGUUCCACAACCUGAGCGGGUCGGACGACGCAAAUUUGGAGGACUUUCCGGGGAUGGAGGAAGAGGAAUACGACCACCUGUGCGCCGGCCAACAUCUCGCACGGGGCAACAACCAGGAGCAACCGCUGUUGAACCAAGUUGGCGAGACGCAAAGUCAAGCGGCGGCUACUUCCGGGACAAUCAGAAGUACGUUGAAUAACAAAAUGGAUGAAGAGGUCGAUGACUCCGUGCUAGGUGAUGCGAAAAAUGGUCGCCGGGCGCCUCAUUUGCAGCGCAGUCGCAGUUUCCCGCUGCCCCAGAGGAAUCCUGGGGAUAGUACGGACAGCGCGACAUCAGCGGGGAAGCAGGAUGAUGAGCUGUACUUCCAGAGGUUCAACGAGCGCUGGAACAACGGUAAAAGCCAACAGAAGUUAGCUAUGCCACCUCUGGCGCCCAGCCUGAUGAGCCGAAAUCUGCUACCGAAGUCCGGGUUAGACAACGAGCGCAGCGCGUCUACCAUUCACGAAUCGCACAGCUCUUUGGAGCAGUUUCCCGGUAGCGGCGUGGACAGCUUGCAGAAACGCGACGUGGCCGAACUGCCGUCCCCGAUGGAAGACCGCAAAAACGUGGAAAGCCUGCCCGGGUCGCACGUGUACUCCGACCCGCCGGCGCUGCAGGAACGGGACAACAUGUCCUUUGUCGUCGCAGACUACCAUCAAGGAAGCUCCUCCUCGUUCGGGGGAAACCAUAAAACGGACGUGAACCUCCAGUAUGAAGACCAUGACAACGGAAUGAAGAUGUUGCAGCAGCCCCGAGGAACGGACUGGGCCCACGUGCCGGCCAAGGAUCUAGGCUUUGUGGCACAACAAGAGGAGCAACAAGUAGCCUCCACUCCUAGCACGGCGGGAGUUGUUGUUGGGCCUCAGAACAAAACACCAGUGGAAACACCAGUGGCUCCAAGUAGAACGCCGGCAGCAGCUGCUGCGGUGCCGCAAGUUCUAGUACAACAACAUCUUCCCCAAACUACGAGCCGUAAGUACUCGAAGCCGCUGGAAACGGGCGCGGAUCAUGCUUUCGCGGAGAGAUCUACCGACACCGGAGGGAGCGGGGGCCCUCGGACGAAUAGCACCAGCACCUCCAACGGAUCGCCCACCGGAGUCCGGGGGCACACGAACGAAGACGCCGUGUACGCGACUGCGAAUCUUCCCCCGAAGCGCCGCCUGACGCGGUCCUAUCAAAUGUAAAAAUGUCUGGGUCUGGAAGAAUGCAACUUGUAGUGCGUAUUUCAGAACACAGAAAAGUCUCUCAUGCAUACGUAGCAAAAGCUCCCACUUUUUGCCAGCAAAAUAGGGGACUUGUCAUGCGGAUUCGGCAUUGCGGAAGGUUCUCGAAACCUGUGAUGCUAGAGCUUCCAUGCCAGACCUUCUCUGUCAUGCAAAAACAGCAUGACUCUUCCAGACCCAGACAUUUUUACAUUUGAUAGGUCCAUCAGCGACACCAAUCUGUACGGCAGCGGAGCCGCUGCGGGGAAGGAAUCCGAGAGGCGAACGAAGUGGAGGGAUGCCAAACAAAUGAUCAAAACAGAGAAGGCCAAGAACGCGGUCAAGCAAGCGAAUGCUGUCACGCACGUUGAAAAUAAAUGGAACGCCACCACCGUGCCGGCGUUGGAGACGUCGAUGGUAUGAUUUAAGUACUAUAUUUGUACCGCUGAAAUAAAGAUGACGCGGGUACUCAUAUAAGUAAGUCAAAGUUAUGUAAAAAACUUCUAACACCGAUGAUCAUGAACAUGAUUGCGUCUUCAAGAGCAGUGAAAGUUCUCCAUUCUAUUUGACUUUCGUUCGUGACAUCAACUCCGUAUCAUGCUAGCGGCACGUUCGACCCUGUUGAAAGCAAAAGGUGGAAACCCCAACCCCGCAACAUACCGUCUCACAAGGACGAGUUGCGUGUAUUAAAAAUAGGUGAACGUCGACUGAAUAACAUUAAUAAACCAAAUGAAACUUCUAUAUACAGGUGCAGCAAGAGUACUCGAACCGCGAGGCGGGGCUGGAGAACGACAAGCUGCGACACGCUGCAGGUCUCGAUACGGACUCGGACAACUUUGAUUGUCGAACGGACAGCACGGAGGAGGACGACGUUUCGGACCGGAGCAGCCUGAUGUACUACCAGCAGGCCCGGUACCAUCGGUUCGGCCACAGUGGCGAAAGCGGGGAUUGGCACUACAGCGAGGGCGGGCCCUACGGGGAACGCGCCCGCAAGGCCUUCGUCAUGUCCCUUGUGACAGAGAAGACAGAAGAGCUCUACGAGAUUCUCGACCGUUGUGGCAUCCACGUGCGGUAAAAGAAAAGUUUGGGAGUAGUUCUCACUCGAGAUUUGUCUUCCGUCUUGCGGGGAAUGAUAUAAGUAAGUACUUACUUCCCUAGCUGCCUGCUCUUCUUCUAGGGCUAUUAAUUAUAUCUUCCGUGUCGAAUGAGUAAAAUACGCUGGUGGAAUAAAGAAAACUGAAAGCAGCACGGUUCUCGGUACGCCUGUACAGCGCUCUGCGAAAUGUCUAUGAUAAAAUUCGACCUCUAUGUCGCGAAUUAUAAUCAACAUCUAGAGAAGGGCAAGCCGCGAACUUUUGUAAACACCUAUCCAACGACUUAUAAGUACUUGAAGGAGAUGAAAUAUGGUGAUAGCGAUAAUUUCUAGAUGUACUGCGAAACAAUGUAGUAUCCUAAGCGACGCGCGACCCGGGUGCUAGUAGAACCUCCUCCAGAUAAGACUCGAACCACUUAGGGAAGCACUUUCGUAGUUUAUUACGAUAGGGAGUAAAGUUGAAAGAACUUGGAUCAGUAGCUCCUGGUAUAAACAAACGAUCAAACGACUUCUUCAUUUGAUGGUGCCAAAAAAAUGUACCUGACUGUAAAAAAUAAAAUUUGUACAACGAGUGAUAAGUAUGAAACCUCCGAUGCUGGCAAGACCCUCGUCGUAAAUAGUCAUUUUUGGAACGAUGUUGUUUCUGUAAUUCAUUUUGGCUCCUCAAGGUCCGGUCGACGAGACCGGUUUGAAACCGGUUUCGUCGACCGGUUUGUUGCCGUAGAUUUUUCAAGGAUUGUUGCGUUUAUUUUUCGUUGUACUCUUGAUUGUCAUCCCUUCUCUGAG